CCGCCGAGUUGGACCUCUCGCUUCCUCUCUGGUGUAACCACAGAUAGAGAACAUCUCUGGUGCGGCUGUCUGACGCCGGUCGGCCAUUUUGGGAAGGUUUGUUCAACGACGAGCUGCUGGCUACCGACAACACCGACCAGGGACGAAUACAUAAAAGGAACUGAACAACAACAAAAAUACGUUUAAAAAAAACCAACUUUACUUUAAAAAAACCAAAACAUCGUUCAAUAUGGGUCCACCAGGAGACAACCCACGUCGUGUGUCCUCUGAAAGAACGGAGGAUUUCAGUUGGUUUGUCAAUUUAUCUUGACAUGGCAUGUAAGGGUUAGUUAGUGGUUGUGACGACUGAAGGAAAAGCACGAAAAAAAAAACCCAGCGCAGAUAAAUAGUUCAACUUCAACGGGGUGAAAGAAAUUAUUAUUAUUAUUAUUUUAUUUUUUUCGAAAAACACGUUUGUCUGUCUAAAAAAAAAAAAUAAUAAUAAUUUUUUAAAAAUCUAGUUGGUUCUCUCUACGGGAAUAUACUAACCAGCAUGAUGAUAUUGAAGCAAAAUGUCAUUUAAAAUGCCGAGAUACAACAGUUAGGUAGUCAAGCGGACAAGUCAUUCCACAUUAAACACCAAACAAGACAGACAGAAACUCAGCGGAAAUGUAAAACGAAACAUGGGACUUGUCAGCUAACUUAACCCGCACGACAAUAGGCCUCCAAUUACAUCCAACUAAUAAAAAUGAUGUAGCUAGUUAGUUGACCCACUAACUAGUUAGUGUUGAAAGUGUAUGCUGCUUAGUCUUAACUAGUUCACGUUUAACUUUGUCAACUAAAAAAAUAGUCACGCUAUGAGUAUCGACAACGGAAGUAAACAAGGCCGCGGACCAGUUCAAUGGCAUUAAAAAACACCCCGGGAGAUGUUAAAAUACUCUGUCAACUUCAAUGUUUUAACUUGGUGCCAUCGGCUUCUGGCAUCCACAUUGACUUGUCAUGAUGCUUUUCUAUAUAUGUCCCUCAGUUAUUCAGGAACACGUUCAUAACGCGGUCUCUGCCGAGAAAUAAACACAAACAAAACGGCGUCAAUCAUGGACGAAGCUUUGAGUUUGAGAAGACACGAAUAAAAUUGUCUUGCUUUUUGUUUUGUGUAGUAAUCUCCUAUUUCACUAGCGAGAAGUAGUGUCGGUAUGGGUUUGGGAAAUGGCUAUCCUUUCUGUUAGUAGUUGUCAGUAACCUAAAGGAAAAGGUGUACUUCUCAUUUUUAAUUUGCUCAUUUGUUUUCACUAGGCAAAUGUGUUAGAAUUAAAGUUCAUUUGGUCUGUAUUCAAAUGUCAUACUUUUAAUCACAGCAUGGCUUCUUGAGUAAUUACUAAAACAAAUGUAGCCAAAUAUUGAUUCAAGAACCCCCGCUCCCCCUCCUGAGCAUAAACUAUUUUAAAUAAACAAAAUGACAUAGCUUGCUAUUUCAUUCGUUUCCUCCUUAAGUUGGUAGUUAUUUCAAAAGAGCUAGUGUAGAAUAAUUUAGAUUUCUCGUUCUGUAAAAGGUAGCUAACGAGCUACAUAUAGACAACUCGAAAAUAUAGUCAAAAAUAUUCUGUAAUUAGAGAAGACACCUAGCAUCAAAAUCUAAUCAUGGGGGACCCAACCUGGAGAAGAAACCAAACUAGAGAUCGACUCCGUGCUCAGAUUCGAAAGAAAAGGGAAUCUUUGGCAGACCAGUUUGACUUCAAGAUCUACAUAGCCUUUGUGUUCAAGGACAAGAAGAAGAAGUCUGCGCUGUUCGAGGUAGCUGAAGUGGUACCAGUGAUGACCAACAACUAUGAAGACAAUAUCCUGAAGGGUGUGCAGGCUUCCAGCUACUCCCUCCAGAGUUCCAUGGAACUUCUGCAGAAAGAUGUCGUGCAGUUGCACGCCCCACGCUACCAAUCAAUGCGCAGGGAUGUCAUAGGAUGCACCCAGGAGAUGGACUUCAUCCUGUGGCCGCGCAACGACAUAGAGAAGAUAGUCUGUCUCUUGUUCUCCAGAUGGAAGGGGGCCGAGGAAGAACCCUUCAGGCCUGUUCAGGCCAAGUUUGAGUUUCAUCAUGGAGACUACGAGAAGCAGUUGUUGCAUGCUGUCGGCCGGAGGGACAAGGCUGGAAUGGUUAUGAACAACCCAACUCAAUCGGUCUUCCUCUUUAUGGACCGACAGCACUUACAGACUCCUAAAACCAAGGCCACAGUUUUUAAGUUGUGCAGCCUUUGCCUGUACCUGCCCCAGGACCAGCUAACGUGCUGGGGCGUUGGAGACAUCGAAGACCAUCUCCUCCCGUACAUGCCUGACUAGGGCCAGCCGGCCUCCAUGGCUUCCACCCACAACACAAGGAAGACUUAACCCCUAAGCCACUGAAGCAAGUUGAUCUCAUCCACCACACAUCCUUCCUUCCAUUGAAUAGAACUGCUGCUUGGGUCUCUUGUUUGUUAGUUUCCAUCGUCCUGAAGCUAAUUUAAAAAAUAAAAAUCUGUAUUUGUUUUUCCUUACCUACCAAGCUUCCUCCUCCUAGCUCUGCUCCUACCAGUUUUGGAUUGGUUCUACCUUUUAUCCACCCUCUUGUUUUUUCUGUUUAUUUUGAACCUGCACGAACAUUGAUUUUGAGUGGUUGGUUAUUCCCCCCAUGGAGCUGCACUGUCAACGACACAGAGCAGUCACUGAAGGAACUCUUCAUGUUGCUACCAAGCAGGAACAAAAGCCACACAGGUUUUUUUUUUUUAUGAUGUUCACAGGGGUCCUCUGUCUCUGCUGGACACAUUGUAACCCAUGUCAUAACAGAUUGGAAAAGCUUCUAUCAUUUCAAAAGCUUGGGUUAGAGGAAAACAUACCUGGGGAGGAAGGGGGGGGGGGGUGUUCUAGAAGGACUAGCUACCAUCUAUGACGGGUCAGCCUAGGUGGCGUUAAAACGUCCCCUGUAAAGCAAAGAUAAAAGGUGAAGGAGUGUUUGUCAAAUCAUUUGGUGUAGGUAUUUAUAUCUUUCCUUUUUAAGCCACCCUUGUUUUAAUGUUGGCUGGUUAUUUUUCUUUCUGGGUUCAUUUGCUUUUCCUGUGGAAUAUGCCAGGAACACCGUUGGUCUGAUCUGGAGUUGGGAACUGAUGGGAGGAAGUUGUCAGACAGACGGUAUUGUGAAUCGCAUGGUGUUUUAUUAUGUUGAAGGUUGUUACCAGGCAAAGCCAUUUAAGCUACUGAAAUCUGAUGUUUGUUUCUGGGUGGGGGUUGGCAUGGGUGUUUUUAUAAUUGCAGAAUGAAUGUACCUAACAACGGAACAGGUUGAAAUUAAAUGGGACCGUUACAUGUUCCUUUAAUUCGAUAGACAAGUAUCCUAAAGGGGACUAAUUGUUGCAGUGCUUAUAAAAUGUAAAAUGGGGGGUGGUUUUUGUUUUGUUGUUGCUUGCUUUGCUGGGGGAAAAUAAGGCACAAAUCAGUCAGUACAUUUGAGGGUUUUCUUUGUUGAUUCAAUAUGUUCGAUUUAAAGGUUUUGAGUCUAUUCCUUUUUUAAUUUAGUUUUUUUUAAAUGCAUCUAGAAAUCAACACGGCUGAACAAAUCCCAAUACAAUGUAACAUUUGAAAAUA